UAUCGCGCAUCCGCGAAUUUAGUGAUAAAAAGCAAAAGAAAAUCAUUUCCACAGAAAAAUAGCGUGAAAAGUGUCCGGUAGAACUGCUGCAAGAUGGCAGGCUCGUCGUCCCGCAUCCCACUGUCGAUGUUGCUACGGGACAAGGAGGCCGAAGAUGAGGAACCGAAAAAGAAAUCCCGCGAAGAUUGGCGCAAGGCGAAAGAGCUUGAGGAGGCCCGUAAAGCGGGAACGGCCCCGGCCGCCGUGGACGAGGAAGGCCGAGACAUCAAUCCACACAUUCCGCAGUACAUCUCGUCCGUGCCGUGGUACUACAACACGACCGGCCCAACGCUCAAGCAUCAGCGACCGCAGGAAGAACGGAAGGAGCACUUUUCCGGGAUCGAUGAGUGGUAUAAGCGCGGCGUUGACACCACCAAAGUGGUGACCAAGUUCCGUAAGGGCGCCUGCGAAAACUGUGGCGCCAUGACCCACAAGCGGGUGGAUUGUAUGGAGCGUCCUCGCAAAGUAGGAGCAAAAUUUUCCGCCAAACAGAUCGCCCACGACGAGUUCAUCCAGCCGAAGAUUAUCAGCGACUACGACGGCAAACGGGACCGGUGGGCUGGGUACGAUCCGGCCAACCAUCGGGAGAUCGUGGAAGAGUACCUGAAGAUCGAGCAGGCAAAGCGUGAGCUUCGGGCGCAGAAGCUGAAGGAAAACCCGGACCAGGCCGAGGAUGAGGGUGAAAGCGACGAAGACAAGUACGUCGAUGAGGUGGACAUGCCGGGUACGAAGGUGGACUCGAAGCAACGGAUUACGGUGCGCAAUCUGCGCAUUCGCGAGGAUACAGCCAAAUAUCUGCGCAAUCUCGAUCCUAACUCGGCCUACUACGACCCGAAAACACGUUCCAUGCGUGACAACCCGAAUCCGAACCUGAAACCGGAAGAUACGGACUUUGCGGGAGAGAACUUUGUUCGCUUUUCGGGUGACAUCCAGAAGCACGCGCAGGCCCAACUGUUCGCCUGGGAGGCGUACGGGAAGGGCGUCGAUGUGCACGUGUUGGCCGAACCGACGAAACUGGAGCUGCUGCAGAAGGAAUACGAUACGAAAAAGUCCCAGUUUAAGGACGAGGUAAAGAACAAGGUGCUGGAGCAGUACGGCGGGGAGGAGCACUUGAAGGUUCCACCGAAGGCGCUGCUACUGGCACAAACCGAAAACUAUGUCGAGUACUCGCGACAAGGUAAAAUCAUCAAGGGCCAGGACAAGCCGAUCAUUCGGUCGCGCUAUGAGGAGGAUGUGUACAUCAAUAAUCACACGACCGUGUGGGGUUCGUUCUGGAGCAACGGCACCUGGGGCUAUCGGUGCUGUGAAUCGACGAUCAAAAACUCGUACUGCGUCGGAGACAAUGGUAAGGGAUCCAUUAUGAAACCACGCAUCGAAUCCGAGCAACCAGGCGACAACGAUGGCGACGGUGAUAGCGACGAUGACGGCCAGGAAAAGGCGAACAAAACGGAGCAACCCGUAGAGGAAAGCCAGCAGGAUGCACAGUCAUCGGAAAAUGCGCCACAUGCAGGGGUUGCAAAGCCCAUGGAACCCCCGGUUGUGCCGGAACACAGAGAAAACAGUGCCGCUAGCCACAGCGGCUCCAGCAGUAGCAGCGAAAGUGAGGCGGAGGUUUCAUCGAAGAAAUCCAAGAAAUCGAAAAAGAAGCGAAAGAAGGAAAAGCGUCGCCAGCAACGGGAGGAGCGCAAGCAGCAGAAGAAACAGGAGAAGGAGAAGAGCAAACUUGACCUGGCGCUCGAGGCCGAAGAACGAAACCAACAGCGGGCAGCGGAUUUACUUCGCCAAGACGAACGGAAGCGCCCGUACAACAGCAUGUACGAGGUGCGCGUACCGACAGAGGAGGAAAUCGAAGCGUACAUGAUGAAGCGAAGGCGCGAGGAGGAUCCGAUGGCUGCAUUUAUUGGCAAAUAAGGAACCGCAGCAGCAGUGCAGCAACAAUUUGGUGUCUAAGCUACCCUUUUCUCGUGUAGAUGUGUUUUAAUAAAAUAAUUCC